CGAAGAUAUCUUGAACCGGAAACGCCACGAUUUCAUUCAGUGGCCACAAGUUCCACAUCAUAUUUUUGACAAGUUGUCAAAACCCGGAACGAAAACGAAACGUACAGGUGAAACUCGUCGCCGCUCGUUGGCAAAUUCCAUAGUCCUCUACAUUACAACUAUUCAUGUCGUUCACUUUCUCCCGUUCGACGUAGGAAAAAGACGGGGAAUUUGUGUUAAGUCAGUGCCCGGUUAUACCCUGAAUUGUACAUUAAAUCAACACCAUGAACAUCCCGAAUGAGUAUAUAUCCAAAACAGAAGACAUCGCCGACCAGGUGAUUCGCAAAGGCAAACAUGUUCUUCCCACGAUUGCGCGUUUAUGCCUAAUUGCAACAUUCCUCGAAGAUGGCCUCCGAAUGUGGUUCCAAUGGAACGAGCAACGUGAAUAUAUGGACAUGAGCUGGGGAUGUGGUAAAUUCCUGGCAACACUCUUCGUCCUAAUUAAUCUGUUCGGACAAAUUGGUGGCUGUAUAAUGGUUAUCACAAGAUAUAAGGUUGAAAUUGCCGUUGGCGUCCUCUUCUUCAUUGUUAUAUUGCAGACUGUUGCAUAUUCCAUUCUCUGGGACAUUCAAUUCUUGCUAAGGAAUCUGGCAUUGCUGGGUGCACUACUUCUCGUACUUGCCGAGUCUCGGGUUGAAGGCCGGAGCUUAUUUGCUGGUGUACCAAGCAUGGGUGAAAACAAACCUAAAAAUGUUAUGCAGCUAGCUGGACGUAUUUUGCUUGCUUUCAUGUUCAUCACACUUAUUCGUUUCGAGCUGAGUUUCUUACAGAUCCUGCAAGAUAUUCUCGGAUCGAUAUUGAUGGUUCUAGUAACAAUCGGUUAUAAGACAAAACUCUCAGCUUUGAUUCUUGUCGCACUCCUUACAAUUCUUAAUUUAUAUCACAAUGCCUGGUGGACGAUUCCUUCAUACAAACCCCUCAGAGACUUUUUGAAAUAUGACUUCUUCCAGACAUUGUCCGUUAUCGGUGGUUUACUUAUGAUUGUGUCACUAGGACCUGGUGGUGUGUCAAUGGAUGAGCAUAAGAAAAAGUGGUAAACUAAAGAUUAAGGCAGCGUAAUAAGAAAAGACUAUACCAAGAUGGCGAAAUGAUAUUUUUUAAAAAGUCGAUUUCUCCUUCCCUUUCUUCUUGAUAGCGUAACUCCAUCAUCAUACGUUUAUUUAAUUUUGUCGUAAAUAACCGUAAAUGGCGCUUGGUUGAAGGUUGCCAAUUUAAGAAUUUUGUUGAUAUUUUUAUUAUACAUGCAAUUCAAAACAAGAAAGCAAACCAUAAGACGUCAGCUCACUUGAACCAUUUUUUAUAUUUUAUGAAAAAAUUUACAUCAUUUACAUUCUUCUGUUCCUUUAUCCUUUUUGUUAUCAUGUUUUCCUUAUAUUAGAUAUAUUUUUUCAGUAAAGCACAAGUUUUAAGGAAAACAUUUGAAAUUUUGUAAAAAGAUAAGAAAAAGUCAUAGAUGUGCGUCCUCCGAAACUCAAGAUUUUGGUUUCUUUUUGCUUUUUUCUAAGAAAAAUAUGUAAAGUAUUGGCUGAAGGCACGUGGUCCUUAUCGGUAAUUGUAGAACGAGCAUGAGAAAUGAAAUAACAAGAAAUUGUAAGCGAAUAUGUUGAUUUUUAAGCAUGAAAAUAUUUUAUACAAGAAUAAAAACUAUAAAAAUAGAAAUGUA